GCCAUCGGCAGCUCCAAGGAGUCAAGUCAGUCAGUCGACCUCCACCGCCCAGAGCGCACGCACACACACACACGCACACGCGCGACGCCAGCCGCACGCACGCACGCACGAACACACACACACACACACGCACGCACAAACCGCUAACGUUCCGAUAAAAAAAGUUUCACCCGGCUCGCUCAGGAGGGGUGGAAACGUUUACGAUUGGGCCCAGGCGAUGCCCGUCCGGAGGAGUUCGGUGGUAGUGUAGUAACAGGGACCCAAGAGAGGCGGUGACGAUGAGGGCGAGUGGUUGGAUGUGUCUGGUCGCCCUCUUGAUGGGGGAGCCCGCCCACAGCAAGAGGAUACCCAGGUGGUGGAUGAAGGUGGCGCAGAGACAAGGGCCCAACGCUUGCGUGGUGGAGGAGAUCCCCAACACUGGAGGCCUGGAAUUCUGGACGGAGUGUCGAUACUGGCAGAACAGGAAGAUCUGUGGACGCAAGACGAGGAUCCGCUUUGAGUGUUGCGAAGGAUUCGAACGAAUCAACGGGCAAGACGGCUGCACCAGAGUCAAACCUCUGAUGAACCUGCUGGAGACGGCGGAGAGUCUAGGCGCCACCAAAUGGGCCCAGUACAUCAGGGAGUCCGGCCUGGCGGGGGAACUGGAGUCCGCAGCUGCCUACACACUCUUCGCCCCGACCAACGAAGCCUUUGACAACCUGCGGAGGUCGCUUAGGAGCCAGAUGGAGUCGUACCGCGGCAACCCCAACAAUCCCAUCCUACUCUACCACAUCCUGCCCACCAAGCUGCUCAGCGAGGAGUUCCAGUCCAACACCAUGGCCGAGACCCGUCAUCAAGGUCACAACAUCAGGAUCAACAAGUACUCUAAUGGGAUGACCACCAUCAAUUGUGCCUUGUUGAUUCGCAAGGACCAACACGCUACGAACGGAGUCGUUCACCUCAUCAACAACAUUCUCGACCCCUCCGUGGGCAUCCUGCAGAACGUGGCCGACAUGGUCCUGAACGACGGGCGGUUCUCGGUGCUGGCGGAGGUCCUGGAGAAGAGUGGCUACAUCAACGUCCUGCGAACAAUGCAGGACUCGAUAACGAUCCUCGCCCCCUCAGACGAGGCCUUCCAAAAGCUGCCCGAGUCUCGCAGGGAGAAGAUCAUCAACGACAGGGAAGCCAGGCUCGCUCUGAUCCAGAACCACGUGAUUCCUCAUGUUAUCUGCGAGUCGGCCAUCACGGGCGAGCACCGGGUCAAGACCGUCUCCGAGAACAAGCUGACCUUCAACUGCGACAUCGAGGGAGCCUUCGUCGAGACCUCCAAGCUCAGGGGCAAUUAUAACCUGGGCAAGAACGGCAUCAUUCACAUGAUUGACGACGUUCUUCUCCCGGACAGAGCCAAAAACCUGGUGGAGCUGGCAGAGAGCCGGAAGCUCUUCACCUUCGUGGAGCUGGUGAAGAAGGCGGGGCUGGAGGAGACACUGAGCCACACAGGGGACUACACCUUCUUCGUUCCUGACGAGGCAGCGUGGUAUGCGCUCGAUUCCGACGUGCUGAACGCCGCCCGGAGGGAUCUGGACCUGGCGGGGCAGCUGGUGCGGUUCCACGGGGCCUAUGGUCGCCACCUGACCAACGCCAUCACCGAUAACCAGGCCAUCAUGUCCCUGAACGAGAAGGAUCCAGUACGCUUGCAGGUGUGGCGUCGAGCCCUCGGUGUGGAGGACGCCAAGAUCACGGAGAAGGACAUCGAGGCACAGAACGGCGUCAUCCACAUCAUCAACAAGGUCAUCGUGCCCUCCAACCAGUCUGUCGGGGACAUCCUCAGGUCCAUCCCUGACCACAGUUUCAACACAUUCCUCGAGGCGAUAGACACGGUCACCCCCCAGGGCAGCUCCAUGCUUAGUCUCGGACCUGGAGACGAGACCUUCUACACCUUCUUUGUGCCCACCGACUCUUCCUUCAGGUCCCUCGGCCAGGAGACACUGUCGAGGCUGAAGACUGACGAGGAAUACGUGAGGGACUUGGUCAAGAGUCACGUCGCUGUCAACAUGUUUCCCUCAACUUCCUUUGAAAGAAAACUUAUCUACACUAUCAAUGGCAUGGGAGGACCCUUCGAUGUCACCAAGACCCACGAUAACAUCCUUAAGGUAAAUGGCGAAGAGGUACUCAGCUCCCACAUGAGUGCUAAUGGUGUCAUUCACGUCAUCGAUAAAGUGUUUUUGCCUGAGAACUCUUACACCUACUCCACCGUCAAGAAGGUUACCACAACCACUUACAACAAUGGUGGAGCAGGAGGCGGUGGAAGAGCCUCCUCCUCAUCUACCUCCAGGAGGGUUUCUCAUAGAACAUAUAAGAAAGUGACAUUUGCUGAGGCUCAGGACGGUGGAGACCCCAACAACCGACUUCCAGCCUUUCAUCAAGGUACUGUGAACUCUGCUAGUGCCGUCAGGAGGAAGCCUUCACGAGGGCAGUCCAGGAGGAGGACCACAUCCUCCUCCUCCUCCUCUCCAGGUGUAACCACUAGUAGCACGACCUCCUUGCCAGACGACGUGAGGAGUAACCCUGCCUCCAAUGGUGGCACCACCUCCCUUGAGGAGACACACCUCCAAGGCUCUGGAUUCUCAGCACGUGAAUCAGAAGCCCCACUGAAUUCCCUCAGUAACUCACCAGCGAGUGGCCGGGACAUGUAUGACCUCCCAGAGCCAAUUGAACCGGGACUUAAGGACGUCUACGGUUCAUCUUCUGUUUCAAAAGUCUCUCAGAAUAAGCCAUCAGCCAAUGAACCGGGACUUAAGGACGCCUACGGUUCAUCUUCUGUUUCAAAAAUCUCUCAGAAUAGGCCAUCAACCAAUGAACCGGGACUUAAGGACGCCUACGGUUCAUCUUCUGUUUCAAAAGUCUCACAGAAUAGGCCAUCAGCCAAUGAACCGGAUCUAAGGGACACCGACGAUUUGUCUUCUGUCUCCAAAGUCUCUCAGAAUAGGCCAUCAACAAGUGAUAGAGCACCACACGAUGUCUUAGACCCCGUUGAACCGGAUCUCAGACACAUCUACGGUUCAUCCACUGUUUCAAAAGUUCCUCAAAGUAAGCCAUCAGCGCGUCGAAGAAACCCAGAGCCAAUUGAACCGGGACUUAGGAACACCGACGGUUCAUCUUCUGUUUUAAAAGUCUCUCAGAAUAGGCCAACAGCCAAUGAACCGGGAUUUAAAGACGCCUACGGUUCAUCUUCUGUUUUAAAAGUCUCUCAAAAUAGACCUCCAGUAAGUAGCCAGGACCCAUAUGACGCCCCACAGACAACUGAACCUAGUCUUCGAACUGAUGGUUCUUCAUCUGUCACAAGAGAACCUCACAGUAGGCUCCCAUCACGUGGAAGAGAACCAUACGAUGGUUCUAAGCCUGUUGAACAAGGUCAUAGUACUGACGGUUCUUCCUCUGUCUCAAGAGAACCUCACAGUAGAUUACCACCACAUGGAAGAGAACCGAUUGAUGGUUCUGAGUCUGUUGAACCUGGUCUUAGAACUGAUGGUUCUUCCUCUGCCUCAAGAGAACCUCACAGUAGGUUACCACCACGUGGAAGAGAACCAUACGACGGUUCUAAGCCUGUUGAACCAGGUCUUAGUACUGAUGGUUCUUCCUCUGUCUCAAGAGAACCUCACAGUAGGCUACCAUCACGUGGAAGAGAACCAUACGAUAGUUCUAAGCCUGUUGAACCUGGUCUAAAGACCGACGGUUCUUCCUCUGUCUCAAGAGAACCUCAUAGUAGGCUCCCACCACGUGGAAGAGAACCAUACGAUGUUUCUGAGCCUGUUGAACCAGGUCUUAGUACUGACAGUUCUUCCUCUGUCUCAAGAGAACCUCACAGUAGGCUCCCACCACGAGGAAGAGAACCGAUUGAUGGUUCUGAGUCUGUUGAACCUGGUCUUAGUACUGAUGGUUCUUCCUCUGUCUCAAGAGAACCUCACAGUAGAUUACCACCACGUGGAAGAGAACCGAUUGAUGGUUCUGAGUCUGUUGAACCUGGUCUUAGGACGGACAGUUCUUCUUCUGUCUCAAGAGAACCUCACAGUAGGCUCCCACCACGUGGAAGAGAACCGAUUGAUGGUUCUGAGUCUGUUGAACCUGGUCUUAGUACUGAUGGUUCUUCCUCUGUCUCAAGAGAACUUCACAGUAGAUUACCACCACGUGGAAGAGAACCGAUUGAUGGUUCUGAGUAUGUUGAACCUGGUCUUAGGACGGACGGUUCUUCUUCUGUCUCAAGAGAACCUCACAGUAGGCUCCCACCACGUGGAAGAGAACCAUACGAUGGUUCUAAGCCUGUUGAACAAGGUUAUAGUACUGACGGUUCUUCUUCUGUCUCAAGAGAACCUCACAGUAGACUCCCAUCACGUGGAAGAGAACCGAUUGAUGGUUCUAAGCCUGCUGAACCUGGUCUUAGGACUGACAGUUCUUCUUCUGUCUCAAGAGAACCUCACAGUAGGCUCCCAUCACGUGGAAGAGAACCGAUUGAUGGUUCUGAGUCUGUUGAACCUGGUCUUAGGACGGACGGUUCUUCUUCUGUCUCAAGGGACUCUCACAAUAGGUCCCCACCACGUGGAAGAGAACCGCAUGAUGGCUCUGAGCGUAGUGGGGCAACUGAAUCCGGUCCAAGAGACAGAUACGGUUCAUCUUCUCUCAACACCCGCAUGCCUAAUAAGAACACCGAAGGCUCGUACACGGUCCGAGAAGGAUCGUACGCGUCUCCUUCAUAUAAACCUUCCUCUGCUUCCUCUUCUUCAGCUAUUUCGACCUUUGCAUCUAAUGCCGAAGUGACCCAAGGCGAGGCGGACGACAUCGAAGUACCUCGUCAUCGCGGCUCGCCUCAGUCUUCCGCCUCUUCAGGCCGUAGUCGUCCUGACUUGCAUGGCGCCGAUGUUCCCUCUUCCUCUCUUUCGAGCACCUACGACCUCUCAGCUACAAGGACAAGGCAGGAGGCUUCGCGUUCUCUAGGACAUGGCAGACCUGACUCCCCCGAUGAUGCUAUUUCACGUGGCUCUGGAGUAGACUCCUCAGGUAUACCGGGCGUGGUAUAUCCUGCUGAGUCUGGUCACUCUGGAAGAUCAGACUUGUCUGGAAGAUCAGGCUACUCCCGUGUGACAGGCUACUCACCUGUACCAGGCCACUCAGGUAGAUCAAACUAUUCCAGAGGCUCUUUGUCAGGCUCUGGUUACUCUCUUGACUCUGACUCUGGGUCUGACUACACUAGUGGCUCUGGCUACUCCGAGGGCUCUGGGCACCCUGAACGCUCUGGGCAUUCCGGAGGCUCUGGGCAUUCCGGAGGCUCUGGGCAUCAUAGAGGCUCUGUACACCCUGGAGGUUCUGGGUAUUCUAUAGACUCUGUGCACCACAGAGGCUCUGGGCACCAUGGAGAUUCCGGACACCCUGGAGGCUCUGGGCACCAUGGAGGUUCUGGGCAUCAUGGUGGUUCUGGAGACCAUAGAGGUUCUGGGUAUUCUAGAGGCUCUGGGCACCCUGGAGGCUCUGGUCACCCUGGAGGCUCUGGGCACCCUGAACGCUCUGGGCACCCGGGAGGCUCUGGACACCCUGGAGGCUCUGGGCACCCGGGAGGCUCUGGACACCCUGGAGGCUCUGGGCAUCCGGGAGGCUCUGGGCACCCUGGAGGCUCUAGACACCUGGGAGGCUCUGGGCACCCGGGAGGCUCUGGGCACCUGGGAGGCUCUGGGUACCCUGACACUAACACCGGCGGGGCUCAUGGUUUCUCCUCUUCUCGGAGGUAUUCUUACAACUACUCCACCAGUCUCGGAGGCCUUCAGCCCGGCGGGCAGAUAGACCUCUCACCCUCCAAUUAUGGCUUGGGCAUUUUCACUACCAACUCUUCCGCACAAGGCAAGAACUCUGUCCGGCCAGUGACUAGCGAGGGGGGCAAGUUCAGCUAUGUGGGACAUCCAUAUGGACAAGACAUAGUAGGACACACAGACACAGUCGCUGACAAGGUGAGGCCAGCACCUCUGCCCUUCAUAGUCGGAGCUGAGGGCCUCAGGUCCCUUGAUGGUGGUGUGGAGGGCGAGGGAAGGGUUGGUACCCGACGACAUGAGUAUCACUUCUCCCGCGUUCAGGAAAGAGUGCCGGGAAGUACCGAUGUAAACAGCGAGAUUUUGAAAAGCAGAGGCAGAAGUAGCAUGAGCAGUACAACGACCAGAACCAGCACCAGCCGGAGACGGUACGGUGUGACUCGUACGGUGGUGACCUCAGGCACCCAGCCAGGGCUACCACUGGCUCACCAGCACCCUCACACAUUCCCACUAGAGUCAGGUGACCUCUCCUCGAGUCGGGGUGGUAAAGGAGCCUCAUCUUCUGUUUCAGCCUACGUCGCCUUCACAGGGGACGACGGUAUUCACGGCGACGGCACCGACUUAGCUGAGGUCAAGUCAGGAGCAGAGACGAUCAUCAGCCGCAAGGAGGCGGCCGCACUCCGCAGACGCUGGCGCCGCAAACGCCAUCACAAGCGUGGUGGGAAGAAACGCCGCGGCCGCAAGGGCGGGAAGAGCAAGGCCGCAUCCCCUCAGUAACGACACCUUCAGAGGGGCACACUCCAGUGAGUUGUGUCCCCCCUUCCACCAGUGUGAAGAUGCCAGGUGGGGCCUUUCCUCACCUGGCUUCCCACUGUAGUGAAUCACUGCCUCUCUUCUUACCCUCUUCUAACCUAUCUUCUUCAGUAUUUUAAGAAAACAUUACUUAAAAGAAUAUCGCAUUAUUUUAAUACCAUACAACAGCUACUUAUAUAUUUUUUGUUGCAUAUUUGUUUAUAAGUGUGUGAGGCCAUAGUGGAGACCAGCCAUGUACAGUGUAGAGACAAUCAUAAGUUUGAGAGACUGUUCCCGAGACCAACUCUUUACUCCGUUUGUAUCCUAGUGCUUUAAUGUGUGUUAUAACAACCCUAUUAUGUAUCUUUAUAUCUUUAAUAAAACACUAAAAAUGGCC